CCCAGGCGGCAGCGCCACGACUCCCCAGACAGCUCGCCCCCAAGGAGGCUGCGGCACGAUUCCCCUGAGAAGUCCCCUCCAAGGCGGCAGCGCCACGACUCCCCAGACCUCUCUCCCCCGAAACGGAGGCGCCACGACUCCCCGGACCUGUCACCCCCAAGACAGAAGCGCCACGACUCCCCGGACCUGUCACCUCCCCGUCGACAGCGUCAUGACUCUCCUGACCUCUCUCCCCCAAAACGGAGGCGCCACGACUCCCCAGAUCUGUCACCCCCAAGACAGAAGCGCCAUGACUCCCCAGAUCUGUCACCUCCCCGGCGUCAGCGCCACGACUCUCCGGACUUGUCCCCUCCUCGACGACGGUGGCACGACUCCCCUGACGCCUCUCCAAAAAGACGUCAGGCUGUGGCGGAUCUGUCCCCUCCACGGAAGAAGAGGUACGAUUCAGACUCGGAUUUGUCACCGCCUCGGAGAAAGAAGAAUGGGUCACCCAGUCUGAAGAAGCCAAGCAGAACCAAAGGUGCUUCUCCAGACACGAAAAAGCUGAGACACGACUCCGAGUCUCCACCUCCACAGAAGGGAGCCCGGGGCGCCUCUGAUGCAGACCGCAGGCUGGGCCGCGUGCGCAGCCAUUCCCCUCAGCGUGGUCCUCUCGGGCAGAAUCAGAGCAAGUCUUCAGACUCAGAUUUAUCUCCUCCGCGACGGACUCUGCCAGCAGGGAAGGACCAGCACAGGUCAAGGAGCCCCCGUGACCCCUCUCCUCAGCGCCACCGUGACACAAAGGGAUCUCCCAAGACG